ACAGGUGUUGCUGGGUUUUGCGCAUCGCCUGUGAGACCGUUUGGCAGAAUGGGAGCCCAGUCAACACCUACGCCAGCCCAUCAUAGUUUCCCAUGUACUCUGCAAUUUUGCUUUUCGAAACACGGAAUUUGAUCAAUUACGCCGUAAAACAACUGAACGCCGCCAUGGUGCACCACUCGGGCUCAAUCCAGUCCUUCAAGCAGCAGAAAGGCAUGCACAACAGCAUUAGCGAGAUCCUGAAGGAGAAGAGCCUGAAGCCAUCUCGCCGCAGCCUGCCCUGCCUGGCCCAAAGUCAGACUCAUCCAAUCAACCUCAACCACUUCCUGUCUGUGCCUCUGAGCCCAGAUCCUAAACCAGAGGUUGAGGGUUUGAGUCAGAGUAUCAGCACCUCCUGCAGCAUCCUCCCCCCACAGACAGCAGAAAAAGCCAAGGAUAACUACGUGGAAGAGAGUGAAGUGAGUACAUGUGAGACAAGCGCAGACCAGCCCUUUCUGAUACAAAAGCCUGUCAGCCGUGCUAAAUCAGCGACCCGCACAGAUUCACUUCAGGGAAAGAAUCCAUCUGACUCAUCUGGGCUUUUUUUCCGAGAUGGCAAGAAGAGAAUUGAUUACAUCCUGGUUUACAAGAAGUCCAGCCUACAGGUGGAGAAGAGGUGCACAUUUGAGAAGAACUUGCGAGCUGAGGGCCUCAUGCUGGAGAAGGAGCCCUCCUUGACAAACAAUGACAUAAUGUUUGUGAAGAUUCAUGCUCCCUGGGAUACACUUUGCAAAUAUGCAGAGCAGAUGAACAUUCGAAUGCCGUUCAGAAAAAAAUGCUACUUUACAGAUUGGAAGAGCAAAUCCUUGGGCAACAGGUUCCAUUUGAGAUGUCGGCAGAUAAAGAGCUGGCUUCCCAGAAAUCCCAUGAAGCUGGACAAAGAGGCCUUGCCUGACCUGGAGGAAACUGAUUGCUACACAGCUCCUUUCAGCAGAGCCCGCAUGCAUCAUUUCACUAUCAACAAUAGAGAGACAUUCUUCUCGAAUUCCACACGAAGUAGAAUAGUCCAUCAUGUCCUGCAGCGCACCAAGUACGAAGAUGGAAAGUUAAAGAUGGGUAUCAACCGGUUACUGGGCAACAACACUUAUGAGGCUGCGUUUCCUCCACAUGAGGGUGGUUAUAAAAGCAGACAUCCGAUUAAGACGCAUGGUGCCCAAAACCACAGACAUCUUCUGUAUGAGCGCUGGGCUCGCUGGGGGAUCUGGUACAAAUACCAGCCUUUGGACCUCAUUAGGCGCUACUUUGGGGAGAAAAUUGGUCUUUAUUUUGCAUGGUUGGGCUGGUACACUGGCAUGUUAAUCCCUGCAGCCCUAGUUGGUGUGUUUGUCUUCCUCUAUGGACUCUUUACGAUGGACUCAAGCCAAGUCAGUAAAGAGAUUUGUGAAGCCAAUGUUACCAUCAUGUGUCCUAUGUGUGAGGACACCUGUGAGCCAUGGACACUAAGUGACAGUUGUGUCUAUGCGAAGGUGACCCAUCUGUUUGACAAUGGUGGUACUGUGUUCUUUGCCAUCUUCAUGGCUGUUUGGGCCACAGUAUUCCUGGAGUUCUGGAAAAGGCGAAGGGCAGAGCUGACUUAUGACUGGGAUCUCAUUGACUGGGAAGAGGAGGAGGAGGAGCUGAGGCCACAGUUUGAAGCCAAAUACUCGAGGAUAGAGAGAGUUAACCCAAUCUCUGGAAAACCUGAACCUUUCCAGCCCUUCUCAGACAAACUCAGUCGGCUCAUGGUGUCUGUGUCUGGAAUAUUCUUCAUGAUUUCCCUCGUUCUGACAGCCGUAUUUGCAGUAGUGGUUUUCCGUCUCAUUGCGAUGGAGAAGUUUGCCUCCUUCAACUGGAGUUUUGUAAAGAAGAACUGGCAGUUUGCCACGUCUGGCACUGGUGUCUGCAUCAACUUCAUGAUCAUCAUGUCUCUCAAUGUGGUGUAUGAAAAGGUGGCCUAUCUACUGACUAAUUUAGAGCACCCACGUACAGAGUCUGAGUGGGAGAACAGCUUUGCUCUCAAGAUGUUCCUGUUCCAGUUUGUGAAUUUGAACAGCUCCACAUUUUACAUUGCUUUCUUUCUUGGAAGGUUUGCUGGCAGGCCUGGAAAAUAUAAUAAACUCUUUAAUCGAUGGAGACUGGAGGAGUGUCACCCAAGUGGCUGUUUGAUUGAUCUGUGCCUACAAAUGGGAGUCAUCAUGUUCUUCAAACAAAUAUGGAAUAACUUCAUGGAGCUUGGCUAUCCCUUGCUGCAGAACUGGUGGUCUCGUAGGAAGAUAAAGAAAGGAGGUGGUGGAGGUCAGAAUGUGGAGAAUAAAACCCAGCUUCCACAAUGGGACAAAGACUGGAAUCUACAGCCGAUGAAUGCCCAUGGAUUGGUGGAUGAAUACCUUGAAAUGGUUCUCCAAUUUGGCUUCACCACCAUCUUCGUAGCAGCAUUUCCUUUGGCUCCCCUCCUUGCUCUGCUCAACAACAUCAUCGAGAUCCGUUUGGAUGCCUACAAGUUUGUCACACAGUGGAGGAGGCCCAUGCCAGCCCGUGCAACUGAUAUAGGUAUCUGGCAUGGGAUUCUCGAAGGUAUUGGUGUUCUGGCGGUCAUCACCAACGCCUUCGUCAUUGCUAUAACCUCAGACUACAUCCCUCGCUUUGUAUACGCCUUCAAAUAUGGUCCCUGUGUGGACAAGGGACAUCACCAUGAGGAUGAGUGUCUGCAAGGCUACGUGAACAGCAGCCUGUCUGUCUUUGACAUGGGUGGGGAUGUGAAGAACAGCAGCCAACCUAGAUACUGCAGGUACAGAGACUAUAGAGCACCACCCUGGAGUUCGGUGCCCUACGAAUUCACCCUUCAGUUCUGGCAUGUCUUGGCUGCCAGGCUGGCGUUCAUCAUCGUCUUUGAGCACCUGGUGUUUGGGAUCAAGUCCUUCAUUGCAUACCUCAUUCCUGACAUGCCGAAGGAUCUCUGUGAUCGCAUGAGAAGGGAGAAGUACCUGAUGCAGGAGAUGAUGUACGAAGCAGAACUGGAGCAUCUUCAGAAAGAGAGAAAGAAGAACGGAAGGCGCUAUCACCACGAGUGGCCUUAGCUUAAUCCACAUGUGUCCACCAGACGCUGCUCGGCCGUCAGCUCACAGGCACAGCCUCCCCCACCUGCUUAUUUCAGCUUUGAGAGUCUAGCUUUGCACGGCUGAUUCUCUACACCAAAGACACCCUCUUGAGAUCCUUUCCCAAAUCUGUCAGGCUUCAGCCCAAGUUCUGACCAGAGUUCUCCCUGGCCAUCUGUUCGAUGUCCUGUAUUCUGCUCCACCCUCACUAAUCCUUCACCUGGCUCCAUCCAGCAGGUUGCUCUUGGGUCUGUGCUGUGUCAUGGCUUCAGUGGGAGAACCAUUGCAAAUGUAAUGUUUACUAUGCAGAUCAAGGGCUGCAGAUCACCUCUGUUGACUUUUGGCACCCAUCCUGCACUCUGUGUGUGGCAGCUAGCACUUUGCUUUGACUCUGCAGCGCGAUGCAGCUCGCAGCAUGGCCGAGUUCCCUCCCAUCAGCAUCAGCAGGCCCACGUGUAUUUAACAGAGCUACAGUGGCACUUAACAUUUUCUUUUUGCACAGUGAUUCUGGUGAUGUUGCUACUAAAUAAAACUCACACCGUUCUUACAAAGCAACUGUAUAUUGCUGUUAAAGCAUGCUGAUUUAUAUGUGCAGACACUUAGUUAUCUGCAAGGGAAAAAACAAAUUUGAAAAUACCCAUUUUAGAGGAUGUUGACAUCUUUUCAGUGCAUUUGACAAAAACAAUCUCUCUGAAAUCUAUAAAUUGCAUGGUAGAACCUUUGAUAGACAAAGUCCCUGUCUUGAAGCCUGGUUCGCGUAUGUGUGUUUUCACUGUGAGCUGUGUGUUAAUCUCUGUGCUACUUUAACUGUCUUGAGUACAGGAUAUGUGAAUUUAGUGCAAUUUGACUGUGCCUACAGUGUAAUAUUAUUGCUGUGCACCACAGUUGUGUCGCCUCAAUCACGUGUGCCCUGUGUUGUGCAGCACAUACUCUAUGAAAUGCAAUUUUUUUUUUCUGAUCUGUUAUAAACUCCCUGAACUCUCCUGGCAGGAUUUGUUUUGGAUGCAAGUCACACCACAGUACCUAUAUGGGUCUCAGCAUGAAGCGACAGUAUAUGUUGUAACAUGACUCCUGUCAUGAACAAUGAAUACACUCGCACGCAGGAUCUAAAAUAUCUGCUCUUCCGUUCUGCUCCUCAGUCUGUUUUUUAUUAGUUUGCUGGAAGCUCUGAAGUGUGGUUGAAACUUGGAUAUCUUGAAAAUACCUGUGGCCUGGAUGUUCAAUUUGCAAAGAAUGUCCAUCCGCUGUUCCCCACUUUAAACACAUAAAAUAAAUGCUUCUGUUCAAGUCUUAUGAAACACAAGAUCAGACCCAGCACUGACUGCUUGCUCAGAUGGGAACCUGAGAAGGCUUUAUUAGACGCAGCAUCAUGACGUUGUUUUUGUGGUCAGUUGUGAUGUCAUUGAUCAGAAAAGCUUGUUGGUGCCCACUGAUCUCAGGAAAAAAAGAAAAAAGUAUAAAGACUGACAUUUGCCUGUGAGAUUGAAUAAGGAUCAGCAUGAUUUUCCACAUCACUCAUAAUAAAACGGAGAGUAACGGAGUGUGAGGAGUGAUCUUCACUAGCUGUUCACCCAAACACACAACAGAGUGGGUCAUGUUGAUCAAUGAUGGUAACUGUACCCAAUGUUAUGCAGCAUAAAUAGUAAAGAACAAAGCUACUUUGAAUGCAUUGCACUUCAUUUUACAAAACUAGGAUUUUUUUGUUUGUAUGUAACUUUUUUUUAAUCUGUGUAAUGUUUUUAUACUUUCUAUUUUGCUAUCUCGCUACAAGUUCCCGUUUUAUCACCCCCAGUUAGACAAAGUAACAUCCACAUUUCUCAGGUGUCCUCUGAAUGUUUGCAGAUUAUCUACUUUUUAUCAUGUUUUCUAAGAUGCGAUCAAAGGUGUCCUGCUUUUUUAGAUAUAUAUUUUUGCACUGCAGUGCUUUUGCAUGACUACUAUGCACACUCACAGUAGAAAGCAUGUUUGACUUUUUAUUUGUGUUUUGGUUUUUUGGUUUUUUCUUGCAUUGUUGCUGUAAGUGUAUUAGAGCAGAUCAGAAAUCAUGCAAUAGACUCAUACUGUACACUUCAGUUUGGAGACCUACUGUAUGAUGCAACUUGUUGGUCAAAACUAGUGACACUUUCAGGUCACGUUCAGUCCAAUAAUCGUUGUGUCAUUCAUGAAGAGAGAGAUUUGCUUUUAGAUCUUAUUCCACUACUUAAGCAACCAGUUUUCUGAAAAUCUUCCCUGCUAUGUGAACAUUGAAAAUCUAUGCAUGUCAUUAUCCCUGAGUGCUAUUUAUUUUAAACAGAUGCAGAUGUAAACGUACUGGUACAUUUGUACUGUAGAGUAUGCAUGUAUUAAUGUCUGCUUUGAGCAGAGCUAACUUCUGUAAAGUUGUUAACAGCAUCUUAAGCAUAUCGCCUUCCCCGUUUUUUUGUUGUUUUUUUUUGUUUUGUUUUUUGGGGGGUGUUGAUCGAAAGAUAUGUUUCUUGACUUAGUAGGAUUUUAUACUGACAAAGUAUUUUCUAAAUAAUCAUCUCACACUCCACACUGAUUGAAAUAAUCUGUCCUGGAAUUACAAGGUGAGUUGGAUGUGAAUUCUCAGAGUUCCUCUGUUUGAAGGUUCAGCUGGGAAUUUGAAAGAUUUUACCCUCUAACAGCUCAAAUGUUUAACUUAAAGGGAGAGGGGUGAUUUUGUUUUAAUAAAUAAAUACAUGAUCUUGGAUGUCUGACUUGCCCAGCUUCUUAUCACUUCCAAAUGGAUCUGCAUCAGUUCACCUUCUCACUAAAAUGAAUGCUGCACUGUGGUAGAAAGGUGGUUCAUGCUUUCUACUGUUUGCAGUAGCACAAUAUGGGCAUGUAUAAUAAUAUAUAUAAUAAUGGCGUGACCUUGCACAUAUCUGAAAACAAAGCAGUCUAGAGGGGGAUUAAGCUUUCUGUUGUAUACCAUGCCUCCUAAUUGGAUUGUGUUUGAGCAAUGAUGUACUUUACGUGGAAGCACAGUGACGUCAGCUCAUAGAUUUAACUGUAUAAUAGGAUCAGUUGUGACAUGAACUGUAUCAAUACCAUUGUUUACUUCAUCCCUGUUUACAUGUAAAAAAUACAUUGAAAUGUAUAAAAAUUAUGUAACAAAGUAAUUUGGAUAUCACUUUUUUCUGUAAUAAAUCAUGGAUUGUACCUUUUAAA